AGAGGCCGAGAGGGCUGAGGCGAGCGCUGACCCGGGUCAGAGCGGCGUCUGGCGCCGAGACAUCAGCGUCCGUCGCGGUCCGGGAGAGGCGCGAUGCUGCGUCUGCUGGCGCUGCUGGUGCUGGCGCCUGGCGGCGGCCUGACAUUUCCCACCGUAGCCAAUACUACACAGUUCGAGAGAAUAAUGGGAGGUUCAUAUGCUAGAGCUGAUGAAUUUCCUUUCAUGUUGGCACUGGAAGAUCUUGAAGAGCAAUUCUGCGGCGCUGUUGCCAUAUCCGCCUACUGGGCAAUAACAGCAGCGCACUGCGUGUAUUCUGAGAACACCCCCGACAGGAUGUUCCUGCGGGCCGGCAGCCUGUGGCGCGGCAGCGGCGGCUCCGUGCACGAGGUGCUACUGGGAUACGUGCCCACCUCCUACUACGAGGGCAGCAACAACCACGACAUCGCGCUGCUCAAGGUGAAGAGAAGAUUCUCGGUGAACAGUUCGGUGCGGUACAUCCAGCUGCCGAGACAGAACGAGGAAGUGGAAGACAACACGGACGCCAUAGUGCUCGGAUGGGGCAGCACAGAUCGCGCCUCGCGCAGCAGCCGCAAGCUGAGGAAGGCCAUGGUGCGCACCAUGGACCAGGGAAGCUGCGCCGAGCUGGAGAUGUUCACCGAGUACGAGUCGCACGAGCUGACGGACGGCAUGCUGUGCGCCACCAAGUUCGGCCGCGACUCCAGGAACGGGGACUCCGGCGGCCCGCUCCUGGUGAAAGAAGGAGACAGAGCGAAGCUGAUAGGGAUAGUGUCGUGGGGCGAUGGCAACGGGAACCCGGACUGGCCUGGAAUCUACACUAAAGUCUCCAGGUACAGGAACUGGAUCAAGAGAAACUCUGGCGUCUGACGAACAUUUUAUUUAUUUCUUUCGAACAAUAUUUGUUCGGCGACGUGCUGGAGAUCAGUGGUAAAUGAAAAAAACAUCAUAGACCAGCGACAUAUAACAGCGGACAUAGAACAUACUUGCUCAACUCUCGUUCCAGAAUCAAAAUGCAAGAGAGAUGCCCAUGAAUGUCAACAAAGGUGAAAAAGAAACCCAAGUUUUCGUUUAGGUGAAACCUGGUACAUAAAGACAGUUUUACGCAUACAUGUUUGAAAACACUUUUGAGCUGAAAUACUCAAAUUGUUUCAUACAUAUUGUCUUAUGGCACAGAUGUACGUAUGUAACUGUUUACUGAUAAAUUUGGAGACAAAAAAUUAUAGUUUUCUCAUAAAAAAAAACGAAAUGUAACAUUUUGUAUGUAACCAGUUUCUUGUUAUGUGUUUAUGUAAUUUGGAAGAUGUAUUUGGGGAUUCAAGAUAGUGUAAUUUUUUGGGAAAUAAUGAGAUUGAAAAAUAACUUCAAUGUUGAAUACGAGUACUUAAUGUGUUCUUCAGUUGUUCAUUGCAAUACCGAAAGCUGGUUAACUUUGACACAUUUUCGCCACAUUCUUGAAGUGAUUACUUUUAAGUCUGGUAAUGUAACACAUUUUGCUUGAAUUUUAUGGAGAACUUAUAUUGUUAACUCAAGAUGAACUUGUAACGAAAUAGUAACACAUUUGUUCAUUAGACUUCGUUUAUGUCGCAAAUUGGGCAUUUUAUGAAAUAUUUUUUCUGACGUGAAUAGAGAAUCAUUAUUUGGGCAAAGUGACUCUUCAUAUACUGAAGCUCAUUACUUCUGUGUUUUACUGAAUUUCUUUUACCAAAGCUUGGUUAUUCUUAAACAAAGAAUUCACUUUCCUCAGAACAUCAUCAACGUUUUUCUACAAUAAACACUUUUAAGAGAGAAGUAGAAAGCAUUAAACCCAGUUUUUUUGAAGUUUGGCGUGUAAUCAAACUACCUAGCGAUACGCAACUAUAUAUAAAGUUAAAAUUGUUUUUGUAGUAAAAGUCAUGAGAAGCUAAAUGGUGCAAUUUUUUUUAUAAUGAUGUACAUCACAGUCUUAGAAUGUAAUGAAAAUGUCACUAUUUUUUGCAUGAAAGAAUUUAAACACUUCUGUUCAAAAAAUGCAGUUUAUAGUUCAAUUUAUACUCUACUAUCUUAAACAUUAAACUAGGUUUAUAAUUAAGCUAUAUUAUUAUCUGUCGUUAAUAUUUAAAUCUUUAUGAUAAAUAAAUUAAGGCAAUUAAAAGUUUAAUUAUUUUCCCUUUGUUUAAAACUUCUCACUGUUUGUAGCCAAAUUUCCACUCAUGUAUAAUACAGUUUUAUGCACUUUGUAACACUUGCCUAUUAUUAUAGUACGGUAUUCAAAAAGAUUAAUUAAAAUAAAUUGGAACUUCUUAUUCGUGUAUUAGUUAUUCCCACAGGUAUAACAUAAAAGUUUGCCUCUGUUUCACAAAAUGUUUUUGUGAGCAAAUAUGAUAAGGAAAUAAUUUAGAUAUCAAAGUUUUGGAAUUAAACUUAUUACACUAUUGUAAAGUUGAAAACAAAACCUUUAAUAAUAAAGUAAAAAUAUGUAAAUUAUAUGUUAGAAGAAUUGUCAUGAUAUUAUAUAGAAAUGUAAAAUUGUAUCAAUUUUAACAUAGUCAUUUAAAGGCAUAUAAACUUAAACAAAGUUUUGG